AUGUCCUACCCGCAGGGCUACCUGUACCAGGCGCCCGGCUCGCUGGCGCUCUAUUCGUGUCCGGCGUACGGCGCGUCCGCGCUGGCGGCGCCGCGCAGCGAGGAGCUGGCGCGGUCGGCGUCGGGCUCGGCGUUCAGCCCCUACCCCGGCUCCGCGGCCUUCACCGCGCAAGCGGCCACCGGCUUCGGCAGCCCGCUGCAGUACUCCGCCGACGCCGCCGCCGCCGCCGCCGGCUUCCCGUCCUACAUGGGCGCGCCCUACGACGCACACACGACCGGGAUGACGGGCGCCAUCAGCUACCACCCUUACGGCAGCGCGGCCUACCCGUACCAGCUCAACGACCCGGCCUACCGCAAGAACGCCACGCGGGACGCCACGGCCACGCUCAAGGCCUGGCUCAACGAGCACCGCAAGAACCCCUACCCCACCAAGGGCGAGAAGAUCAUGCUGGCCAUCAUCACCAAGAUGACCCUCACGCAGGUCUCCACCUGGUUCGCCAACGCGCGCCGGCGCCUCAAGAAGGAGAACAAGAUGACGUGGGCCCCCAGGAACAAAAGUGAGGACGAGGACGAGGACGAGGGCGACGCGGCGAGGGGCAAGGAGGAGAGUGCGGACAAGGCGCACGAGGGCACCGAGACGUCGGCGGAGGACGAAGGGAUCAGCCUGCACGUGGACUCGCUCACCGACCACUCCUGCUCUGCCGAGUCGGACGGAGAGAAGCUGCCCUGCCGCGCCGGGGACCCCCUGUGCGAGUCGGGCUCGGAGUGCAAGAAGUACGACGACCUGGACGACGACGACGACGACGACGACGACGACGAGGACGGCGAGCGGGACCUGGCGCCGCCCAAGCCCGUGACCUCGUCGCCGCUCACCGGCGUGGAGGCGCCGCCGCUGCUGAGCCCCCCGCCCGAGGCCGCGCCCCGCGGGGGCGGGGGCGGCAAGACGCCGCUGGGCAGCCGGACGUCGCCAGGCGCGCCGCCGGCCGCCAGCAAGCCCAAGCUGUGGUCUCUGGCCGAGAUCGCCACGUCGGACCUCAAGCAGCCGAGCCUGGGCCCGGGCUGCGCGCCGCCCGGGCUGCCGGCGGCCGCCGCGCCUGCCUCGAGCGGGGCGCCGCCGGGCGGCUCGCCCUACCCCGCGUCGCCGCUGCUCGGCCGUCACCUCUACUACACUUCGCCCUUCUACGGCAGCUACACAAACUACGGGAACUUGAACGCGGCGCUGCAGGGCCAGGGGCUGCUUCGGUACAACUCGGCGGCUGCGGCCCCCGCAGAAGCGCUGCACGCCGCGCCAAAGGCCGCCAGCGACGCGGGCAAGGCGGGCGCGCACCCACUCCCGGAGCCCCACUACCGGCCCCCGGGCGGCGGCUACGAGCCGAAGAAAGAUGCCAGCGAGGGCUGCACCGUGGUUGGUGGGGGCGUCCAGCCCUACCUAUAG